GGCGACAUUUCGUCGCAGCUUUCCUUCGUCGAUGCUCAAGUGGCCGACUCCUCAGGGACUCUGAGUCAGAGCGAGAGGAGGACGAGGACGAGGAAGCGAGCGAGAGAGUGAGUGAGCAGAGUGGCGAGCGAGGGAAGGAGCGAGCUAGCGAGGCAGCCCGAGUCUUGGAGAUAUAUGAUUUGUUGGGCUCGAGGACUCGGAGACUCUGUCUGAUUCACUGUUCGCCCCGGCUUCCAAGGUGCGCAGCGAGUCAAGGUUCGCGGAGAAAUUUGCGCAGCGGGGGAUUGUGCUGUCUCGAGCCGGGUGCGCGGCGGACAUGAGCCCGAAACUGCCAUUCUGCACGCUUUCCGCCUGGUGGUUGUUGCACGCAUCCCAUAUCUGCUAGAUUCAAUCGGCAAUCAGCUGCAGCAGGAGCAGAGGAUUUCCGCGCACAGGUAGCAGACGGUCCGAGGAGGUCGAGGGCCGACGGCAAUCCUGGGACCGCGAAGGAGAUCGCUGCGGGAGUGUCGAUUGCGAGGCAGCAGCAGCAGGACGAGGAGCUUAUGAGAAGAAAAUCACCCAAGACUGCUUGUGGUUGUGGCUGUGGGUAUGGUGGCGGGGGCGAUGAGACGAGUGGGCCGAGACGGGGCUGAAGCAUGCGGCAGGCGGAGUGCAGCUGACAGAGUGUGGAAGCACGAUAACUUCAGUUGAGAGAGAAGAGCUGGGCAGUGGGGUGCGCGGGGAUUUGGAGAGGGAGGGCGGACCGACAGAAGGCGAAAGAUCAAUCAAUCAAUCAAGCACGAGGACAUGCAUUUGAAACUGUCCUGCAGCACGAAGGCGAGCGGACCACGGAGUGCUUCGACCACUGGACGUCGCGGUGAAAAAUGAGGCAGCUGGUUUAUCCAGAAAAUGACGAGGACAGGAUUUCCCGACAGUUGAUCGAGGCUGCGCUUUCCGGAGAUGAACAGGCUGUUCUCGAGGCUCUCGAGCAUGAACUGGUAGAUGUCAACUACAGGGGCACCGUCAGUCUUCGGGUCAAGUACACGGAUUCAAUUCAGCGCGAAGAGGUCGCGGACGAAGUCAAGUUCGACUACCAGGAGUUCCGAACCGAUGUCACUCCCUUGUUCGCCGCUGCGCACUUGGGCCACAUCGGAAUCACCAAGAAACUGCUGACCGUGGGUGCGGAUGUCAAUCAGAAGCUGUUCAGAGGAUUCGCAACAACAGCCGCCUCGAGGGAGGGCCAUCACCAGGUGCUAGAUUUGUUGCUGAGAGCAGGUGCGCAGCAGGAAGCCGUAGAGGACGCGCUCCUCGAGGCAUGCCUCUACGGGCAUGUCAAGGCCGCAGAGCUCCUGAUCGGGUCGGAAAUGACCCGGCCCGACGUGCUGGCGCAAGCUCUGGUCCAUGCCAGCAGUAGAGGAUUUGUGGACGUGGUGGCCACCCUGAUCAAGAGCGGAGUGGACAUCGACUCAUGGCAUCGCGUCCUUCUUCGGUCCGCCAAGCCCAUGCUGUAUGCCAACAUUGACUGCACACCGCUAAUAGCUGCCAUCGUAGGGAGGCAGACUGCAGUGGUAGACUACCUACUCCAGGCUGGCGCGAAGACGGGAUGCAAAGCCAGCUUGGGAGCCUGGUCUUGGGACUCUGGCUCCGGGGAGGAGUUGCGCGUGGGAGCUGGUCUAGGGGAGCCUUACAACGAGGCAUGGUGUGCCGUCGAGUACUGGGAGUCGUCGGGGCACAUUCUCACGAGCCUCCUGAAGCACUUGAGUCCGGACAGUGUUCACAAUGGGCGCACGCUCAUCUGCCACGCCAUCCUGUGCCGGAACAUGCCGGCGAUGCAGCUGAUUCUGGAUGCUGGAGCCGAUGCCGAGUUCCUGAUGCAAGCCCGAGACGGACAGGAGCGGCCUCUGCACUACGCUGCUCGAUCCGGAUGGCUGCCUGCGGUCAAAGUGCUCAUCGACCACGUUUGCUCCGUGGACGCCAUUACGGAAUCCAAAGACUCGGCGCUCAUGAUUUGCGCCAAGCACAAGUACUGGGACUGUUUCGAGGAGCUGCUAGCGGCCGGGGCCGACUUGGGAAUCCAAAACAGCAGCGGGCAGAGUGCAAUCACCAUCGCCGAGGGAAAUGGCUAUGGCUCCGGUGUGCAGAAAAUAAUCUGGAACGCCAUCGUCAAAGGCAGCAAAGUCCGAUCCACGGACCCGGAGGUGUUCUCAGCUCUUCAUGUGGCGGCUAAGGCAGGCGACCUGCAGGUGCUGCAGAAGCUGCUCGAGCAGGGUGACAUCGAUGUCAAUGUCCAGGACAAGUAUGGCUAUACGGCGGCGAUGCUGGCAGUGGGAGAAGGGCACCUGGAAGCCUUCAAGCUUCUGCUCUACGCCGGGGCGGACAUCGGCAUGAAGAGCAAGAAGGGCGAGACGGCAGUGGCUCUGGCUCGGAAUGGCACUCUGGAGCGGCUCGAGUGGAUUCUGCUGGACGCCAUCCUGGCCAAUGUGCUCAAGAGCGAUGAAUUCCAAGUGCUGCACUUCGCCGCCAGACGAGGUCACCUGGAGGUCCUGACGCAGCUGGUGAAGAGAGGCUGCGCCGUCAACGGACUGGAUGAGGAUGGGUACACUCCUUUGAUGCUGUCUGCGAGGGAAGGCCAUGCCGACGCCGUGAAGCUGCUGCUGCUAGCAGGUGCCGACACCUCUCUCACGAACGGCCGAGGGGAGACUGCUCUCUCGCUGGCCCAGAAGCACUCGGCCUCCAAGGCCGCCGAGAACAUCAUUCUGGACUACUUGGCCAAGAAGUUCGUCCUGGCCGGGGGCCAAGUGUCGAAGCACACGCGACAGGGCAAAGGAAAACCGCACAUGAAGAAUCUGAGCAUGCUGAAGUCAGGCGUUCUGUGUUGGGGCAGAAGUAGAAGGCGCAAUGUGAUCUGCAGGGAAGCUGCGCUCGGGCCCAGUGAGAAAUUGCAGAGGAACAGGCGGCGGAGAGGGGAUGCCGACAAGCCUGGCGUGUUCCGGAUAGUGACCAACAAGGGCCGAGAGGUGCACUUCGAAGCGUCCUCCCAAUCGAAUGCAGAGUUGUGGGUGCGGGGCAUCAAUCUCCUCAGCGCAGAAGUGAGGGUGCCCAACGGCAGCGAUAGAGGACCAGGAGCAGGAGCUUAGGCACACAGACAGAGGUCGGGUUGACACCUUCAACACCAACACAGUAUCCACGAACGAAUGUGCACGGCACCUCACUCCAUCCAUCGUCCGGCCGGUGUGAGCUGCCGUGUGCUUUGAUUGUUUGUCUAAAUACAGCUUGGGUUCCUGACUGUAAAUUAUUCUGCAGAUGGUUUGGGCCAUACGUCCACCAAGGAAUUCUUCUUCGCCUCGCCCAGCUCCAGGAACCCAAGGAACUUCACACUUACAAGAGCAGGCAGAGUUUCCAAAUCGAUCCAAGAAGGGGCCAUCCAGUGGGCCAUCCGGUGGAUUCCGGGAGAUCAUCCAUGGGGGAGCGAACCUCUGGACUACACAUAAUGACGAAGCGGCUCUUCUUUUGGCGAGCCUGCCUGCUGUGAUUUCACCCAAGUCUAGUGAACAUAAAACCGGAGCGGGUGCACGCUUGCAACUCGUUCUGAAACCGGGACGUCUUUGUACAAUCUGUUUCUGCGCCGUCCUGACGGUAUAUAAUGCGAACCACGUAAAAGAUGCAAGUGCACGGAAGCCAUCAACACCAGGAGCCCCCUCCCCCGCCCGCCCCACGAUCGUUGCUGCCGCAACAGGACCAAGGGGAUGAUGCAGGAAUUGCAAUGUGGUUAGCAUCGUUCUUUUAGCGUAGUGUCAUGUCACCCUCCUAAGUUUUAGCUGAAAAUCUUAGACAACCGGGCUUAGGAAUGAAAGCUGCGUUUGUAGAUUUAUCAUCCAAGUAAACUUUGGGGCAAUACCCCCCAUUGGAGAGAAAGAAUUAGCAGUAGCACACCAUAUUCUGAUUGUUUUGUGUCAAUAGGACUGUGAGCGUCAGAGUCCGCUUUUGCUCCCAGAACGGAUAUCCUGCCGGCGAUUUUACUUGGGGCCCCGGCCCCUGCCGACAUGUAUCUGACCAACUUGUCUCACAACACUUCAUCUUCUGCAAACAAGGGAUGAGAAUGUACUAUCAACAUCUUUCCGUAAAUUGAAGUUUGAAGAAAAGUAACAUAUUC